AUGCUUCUGCUGCUGUUGGUCCUGCUCUGGGGGACGGAGGGGGCCGAGGGCCAGAGGGGGGCCGGGAGGGGGCCACAGGGGGAUUACUGGCUGCAAGUGCAGGACGCAAAGGGGCAGGAGGGCCUGUGUGUGCGAGUGCCCUGCAGAUGCUUCUAUCCCCGGGAAGGCUGGUCUGAGUCUACCCCAGCUCUCGGCUACUGGUUCCGGAAAGGGGCCGGUGUACAACAGGAUGUUCUAGUGGCCACAAACAACCCAGAUGGAAAAGUGCGGCAGGAGUCCCAGGGCCGAUUCCGCCUCCUCGGAAACCCCCAGGACUACGACUGCUCCCUGGACAUCAGAGACGUACGGAGAGGGGACUCGGGGACAUACGUCUUUAGGGUGGAGAGGGGGCCUUCUGUGAGAUAUACUUACACACGGGACCAGCUCUCCGUGCGUGUGACAGCCCUGACCCAGACACCUGACAUCCUUAUCUCGGGGACCCUGGAGUCUGGACGCCCCAGUAACCUGACCUGCUCUGUGCCCUGGGCCUGUGCGUGGGGCGUGCCCCCCAUCUUCUCCUGGACGUCAGCGGCCCUCGCCUCCCUGGACCCCAAGACCCACCUCUCCUCUGUGCUCACCCUCACCCCACGGCUCCAGGACCACGGCACCGACCUCACCUGUCAGGUGACCUUGCCUGGGAGAGUGACCACAAUGAGGACCAUUCACCUCAACGUGUCCUAUUCUCCGUGGAACUUGACCGUCACUGUCUUCCAAGAAAACGGCACAGCACCCACAGCCCUGGAGAAUGGCUCAUCUCUUUCAGUCCUGGAGAGCCAGUCCUUGCGCCUGGUCUGUGUCGUCAACAGCAACCCCCCUGCCAGGCUGAGCUGGGCCCAGGGGCACCUGACCCUGUGCAGCCCGAACCCGGGGGUGCUGGAGCUGCCUCGGGUACAGCAGAGAGAUGAAGGGGAAUAUACGUGCCGAGCUCAGAAUGCAGUGGGCUCCCAGCACGUCUCCCUGAGCCUCUUGCUGCAGAGAAAAGCAUGGCCUUUAUCAGAAAGGCUGCUGGGGGCAGUCGGGGGAGCAGGUGCAACGGCUCUGAUCUUCCUGGUCCUCUGCAUCAUCAUUAUCCUAGUGAGAUCCCACAGGAAGAAAGUGACAAAGCCUUCAGUGGGCACCAAGAAUACAGGCGUGGAGAGUGCAAACGUUGUCACGAGGUCAGUGUCUCAGGGUCUCCUGAUUGAAGCCUGGGCAGGCAGCCUUCCCCCAGAUGCCGCCACCCCCUCCUUACGGGAGGAAGAAGAGCUCCAUUAUGCAACACUCAACUUUCACCAGACAGAGACUUGCUGCCCACAGGAACAGGUGGCCCCUAGUAUUGAGUACUCAGAGAUCAGGAUUCACAAAUGA